AUGAUUCGUGAUAUGGUGAUACGGUGCAACCAAAUAACUACAGACAUGCCACCGCCAAUCCGUUGGACAGUUUUGACAAGUUGUAGAAAACUAGGCUGCGAGGUACAUGGCAUUGAUAUUGGAAUUCCACAACCGGAGACAGUUAUCGCACUAAUAAAAAAGGACGUUACCGAGCAUCGUAUUUUGAUUUUCAAAAACCAACACAAUAUUUCUCCGGAUAAACACGUGGAAAUCAGUCGGUGGUUUGGGGAACUAGAGUCAUCUACCAUUAGUAGACACGCGAAGUCGCCUUCCGACGAUAUACUGCGAGUAUCAAACGAUGCGAAAGAAGGACUAUAUAAUGUUGGCCGCAAGGGGUGGCAUAUUGAUGGUUCCUUCUUUCCCAAACCGUAUAGCCACGCCUUAUAUCAAAUGGUUCAUGUGCCAAUGGACGGUGAUACAGUAUUUGUCUCGCUAAAUGAUAUUGUGAAAGGAUUAUCAGAAGAACAACUGGCUCGAUUUGAGAGAUUGUCGGUUAUAACUACUCGACCCAACAUCAUUCAUCCGUUAAUAUAUUCACACCCAGAAACCAAUGAGAAGGUCUUGUGCAUACAUAUGGGUUUCUCUCAAGGAUUUGUCUGGGAUAAAGGUACGGCGCAAGAACGGAAUGCUAGUAAGAGUGAAAAUAAUGACAUAAAGAAUGAAUUGAACAGACAGUAUAUGCGAGACAAUAAAAAAAUCCAAUAUUCCCACAAGUGGGAAGUUGGUGACUUCAUUAUUACUGAUAAUCUUGCUGUUGGCCAUGAAGCAGCGCUUUCUAGUCAAUUUCCGCGUUCCAAGGUUGGUCUGCGUGUUCUACAUAGAGUAACAGUCGCUGGCAAAACGGUUCCUACAAAAAAGUAUGAUCUUCCACAAAUGCAAAAGAAAGAUGAACUUUAG